GACACUUAUGCCGAUAUGAGUGAGCGCAGCAUUAAAUGCGCCCUUUGGCUACAGAAGCAAGGCGUUAAGCCCGGCGAUAUAAUCGGUCUUUGCUGUGAUAAUGACAUGAACGCAAUCAUAAUUAUGUUGGGUAUUAUGUACAUAGGUGCUAUAUCUAAUCCUUGGGAUAACGAUUUGUCUCCAAUGACAGCACGAUAUUUUCUCUCGUUAAUAUCACCAAAAAUAGUUUUUACGAUGCCAUCAUUGGUUCCGAGUUUAGAAGAAGCAGCGAAAAAGUUACAAAUAAAUAUGAAAAUAGUAGUUUCCCAUAAAUUAAAUGGAUACACAUCUAUGGAGGAUAUCUUGAGUGGUCACGAUAUUAAUAAGAUUACCGAAUUUAAAUGUGCCAAAAUCAGCAACCCAGACGAUGUUGCUCUCAUCUCCCUCUCAUCAGGUACUACGGGAAUGCCAAAGGGUACCGAGAUAUCGCAUUCAUCUUUAUAUAAUUGCCUACUUCCCGAGAAAGUCACGGAACUAGAAGGUCAUACUUGUCUGUGGACACAUACAUUACGUUGGCACUACGGGGUCCAGUUGUCAUUUCAAGCCAUCUUAGCCUAUUCGACAAAUAUUCUUGCACCUUGCAGCAUAAUACUUAACGACGACGAUGAGGCAAUAUGCCGAUUUAUUGAAAAAUAUCAAAUAACAUGGUUUUCCACCGAGCCAGGCAUGCUAAUUCGAUUUUAUAAAAACGAUUUAUUGGAGAAAUAUAAAUUGCUGACUUUGAAAGAGGUGAUGAGUGCUGGUGCUAAUUUAGGAAGAGAGCAUUAUUUAGCCUUGGCAAAGAAAUUACCUCAUGCUUUUAUUAAGACUGGCUAUGGAUCUACAGACUCAGCAGCUGACGUAACCGUUAUGAUCAAAGAUUGCAAACCAGGAUCUAUUGGUUUUGUCGCACCCAACGUUCGAAUAAAAGUGACGGAUGUAGAAACUGGGAAAACUUUGGGAGCUUAUCAAAAUGGAGAGUUACGUUUGAAACUGCCUUGUGUAAUGAAUGGCUAUUAUAAGAGACCUGAAGAGACUAAACGAGCUUUCGAUUCUGACGGUUGGUUACUUAGUGGUGACAUAGGAUAUUAUGAUGAUGAUGGAAAUAUUUUCUUCAUCGAUAGAAUAUCCGAAUUUAUCCUUUUCCAUGGAAUUAAUAUUUCUGCAGCAGAAAUAGAGCAUGUUUUAAAGAUACAUUCUGCGAUAUCUCAAGUAGCAGUAAUAGGAAUACCACACGAAAUUGCGGGUCAUCAUCCAAUGGCUGUCGUUUCUCGAACACCGAAUAAAACGGUAACAGAAAAGGAGCUUCACGACUUGGUGGCAAAGAACCUACCAAAAUACUGUAUGCUUCGCGGUGGAAUUAAGUUUCUCGACGAACUGCCGCGCACAACUACAGGCAAAAUAGCGAAGAAGCAACUGCGAGAUAUAAUCAAAGAUAACAUCUUAUUAGGUCCAGAAUAUCCAAUUUAUAAAAAACCUAUUAAUGUAGCUGAAAAAAUUCUAGAAACCUUGAAAAGUAAACCUGAUUGUAUCGGCCAGAUAGACGCUCUUACGGAUAAACAAACCACUUAUGCCGAAAUGAGUGAUCGCAGUAUUAAAUGUGCACUUUGGUUGAAAAAGCAGGGUGUAAAAUCAGGCGAUAUAAUUAGUGUUUGCACCGACAAUAAUCUAGACGCGAUUAUAGUAUUGUUGGGCAUCAUGUAUUUAAAUGGAAAAUGCAACACAUGGGAUCAUGAACUUUCCUUAAUAACGGCACGAAACCUUCUCUCGCUGAUGUCACCAACAAUAAUUUUUACAAUCCCAUCAUCAGCUGCGAAUUUGACUAAUGCAGCAAAGGAGUUGAAAAUGAAUGUAAAAAUAGUGGUUUUUGGCAAGCUAGAUGGAUAUGAAUCAAUAGAUGAUAUUUUAAAGGGUCACGAUAACCAUGAGAUUGUCGAUUUCAAAUGUACUCCGAUUAGCAACCGGGAUGAAGUUGGUAUUAUUGUUCUUUCUUCAGGUACUACGGGUAUGCCAAAGUGUACUGAAAUCUCGCAUUCUUCUAUAAUGCAUAAAUGUCUAUUAUCUGCCGAAAUGAAAGAUCACGUUUGCAUAUUUACACCGACAAUACGUUGGCACUAUAGUAUUACACUUGCAUUUAAGAUCAUUUUAGCAUAUUCAACCAGAAUUGUUGUACCAGACUAUGUGAUAGACAACGAUAUGAAUAAUCUGUACGAGUUCAUCGAGAAAUAUCGAGUAACAAUGUUUGCUGUUGAUCCAUUCAUUCUAAUCAAAAUGCUUAAGGAGGACAUAUUAGCGAAAUAUCAAUUGACAACAAUAAAAGUUGUUAUUACUACUGGUUCUAUUUUUCCAAAACAAUAUCAAGAAAUGUUGAUUAAAAAAUUACCAAAUGCUUUAAUUAAGAACUGUUAUGGAUGUACCGAUUCAGGAGGUGAACUUUCCAUCCAAAAUAAGCACAGUAAACUGGGAUCUGUUGGUUUUCCUUCACCUAACGUUCAAAUAAAGGUGACGGAUACACAAACCGAAGAAGUUUUGGGAGUUAAUAAAGUUGGAGAACUACGUAUUAAAACUCCCUGUGUAAUGAACGGUUACUACAAGAAUCCCGAAGCUACCAAAAAAGCUUUCGAUUCUGAUGGUUGGUUAUGCAGUGGCGAUGUAGGAUAUUACGACGAUGACGGAGAAAUCUUCAUCGUCGGCAGAAUAUCGGAUUUCAUUCUUUUUAGAUCAAUCAAUGUCUUGCCCGCGGAAAUUGAAGCUGUUUUACAGACUCAUCCUGCGGUAUUCCAAGCGGUGGUAAUAGGAAUGCCUCAUGAAAUCGAUGAGCAACAUCCAAUGGCUAUUGUCUCAAUCAUACCAGGUAAAACGAUAACAGAGCAAGAGCUAAUCAGUUUAGUGGAAACAAAUCUACCGGAUCACUGCAGACUUCGAGCUGGUGUCAAAUUUGUAGAUAAACUUCCAUAUACAGCUACCGGCAAAAUCGCAAAGGGACAGUUGCGACGUAUGUUCGUGAAUUAAAUUACUGAAUUAUACAGUGCAUAUCAAAAG